AUGGAGUUGUGUCACGAAGACUCGUCAGCGUACUGGAAAGGACUAUGGCACGGCCUAUUGCUAAUGUUUCCUGUCGUAGUUUUCCUUUAUCGCAAGUGGGUGGCAGCAGCUGAAAGAUCAGUAGUACAGCAGCCAACGCUUGGGGAUUUCCUGAACGAGCUCUUUGCAUUUGAAGUUGUCCUGGUUGCCGGUGCUGAGCUUAAGGCAGUGCGUGAUCAGCUCAAAAGUGCCGAGGAGAUGACGCCCGUGAAUGACAAAAAGGUGCACGCGCUAAAAGAGCGUGUGGUGGACCUUGCUAUUGUACUUCAGAAGAAGCUGGAGACCAUCACGCCAGUCGUGUCGUUCUUGUUAGAGGAAAGCGUGGGCAUUAUCAAGGACCAUCACGUGUCGGGUAAGGCAGAAGACGAGACCAAGAAGGACAAGUAA